AGUAAACGUUUGGACGUCAAUCGCGUAAGUUCGCGAACCCGUCCGUCGGCCGAUUGCUGUCUCUGCUGGCGAUCGAUAAACAAUAAGACACAAAUUAUUAUCGUUAUUAUUAUUAUUGUUUUUUUUUGCCGAAUCCCAUUUGGCGCGCAAACGUCGUUCGUUAUUCGCGGGGAUAAAAAAAAACUCAUAAAACACGUCACGUAUUGUAUAGCAUACAGUGUGCGCGCGGUUUGUCUACAAACAGCGACAGAGUAUCCGAGUGUCCGGUAAAAUACCAAUAUUUAAAAUCGCCCGUGUCCGUCGCGCGCUUCUUUACACAGAAACACCAGGUAAGACACCGAUAACCGGGCAUGUUAUAACCAUGUCGGUAUAAUAUGGGAAUAGUGAUAAGGUCGGUUUUAAGCAAAAAAAAACAAAAACGAUUAUUAUAGUCGACCAUUAUUUUUUUUUUAUCGUUGAUUUUCCUUUGUCAGUUAUCAUAUUGUAUGUCUACGACUCGUUUGAUAGCUCAAACAUUUCGCGUGUAAGUCAACUGUUGUGGGUUGAACCAACGAAACGACCAACCGGACUGGAUUUUUUUUCCGAAAUUCGAAUGCGCGUUGACAUUAUAGUUGUAGACGCUGCGAUUGUACUUGACGCGAUAAAUGCGUAUUACAGUUGACAGAUAUAAUUAUAGUACUUUAAUAGCCCAACAGUAUUAUAUUGUAUUACAAAAAGAAUUAAACAAAUAGUGGAACUUUAUUGAAACGCUACGAAGUUAAGUCUAUUUGCGUUUUAUAAGUAUUCUAACGAAUUAAAUACAUUUCCUGUUAACUUAAUGAUCAACUCGAUCAUCUUUGGGUAAGAUUAUACGCCUAUAAGCGUAACCAAUUAAUAUAGAAAUAUACUCGAAUAAAAAAAAGUACACUAUUUGUUCAAAGUUACACAAAUCAGUAUAACUUUGUAACUUUCAAAUUACUUUUAUAUUACAUCCUAAGUUAUCCUUUUCCCCGUGUAUUUUACAUGAACGUUAUAAUAUUUAUAAAAUUGAUUUAUCAUGUAGAUUAAUAUUAAAAUAAUAAUAAUACUUUAGUGAAUAAUAGUUAAAAAUAUGCAAAUAAUACUGCUAAAAAAUAUUUUUUUCGAGUAAUUAAAAAAAAAAAAAAAAAAGUAAGUUACUGCAACCUUCUGAAAUCGAAUACAUUUUCUGGUUAUGGAUUUGUACACUCGAUAUCGUUUUUAGUUUGGUCGCUUACAGAUUAUAACGAAACGAUGGCGACCAAUUUGUUUUUUUUCUUUUAAAUUUCCGUUUGACUUCGGUCGCCAUUCAUUUAUUCACCCUGUUGAUCGUCCGGUAAACGUUUCGGUCUCGGCCGUCCGAUGCACACGAGUUGCAUCUCCUCCCUUCCCCUCCCCCCGAGUAACCGGUAACUGUUGAGUGCAUGCCACGAAACGCUCUCUUAAAAUAGCAGUUAAUAAACAGUAGCGAUAAUUUACACGAAUAUUAUUGCGCUCAGAAUUAAUUUUCAAUUAAAAAUUACACGCGUUUCUAAAUUUCCGUGAGUUUUAUAGAAAGUACUGAGAUUAGAGAUUCGAAUGAAAAUGUUUUCUAUAUUGAUAAGUUUCGAUGUUCUUUUUCUUUGUAAGUAGGUAGAGUAAUAUGUUGUAACGGUUCUCGUUUAAAGGGUAGUAGGAAGGCGCAGUACGAAAUGCCAUUAUUUCUAGGUUCCGAGUUACUGCAGUUUAUAUAGGUUAGGACAAUAUUACAUAUAGGUUACGUAUAUUGGAAUAUAAAACAAAUAUUAUUUGAAAUGAAUCAAGAAUAUGUAUUAUUUAUACUGCUGCUGCAUUUUUAACCUAACCCAAUAGAAUAGGCGUUAAGGGGAAUUAUAAGAUAUACGCGUAUUUACUAUCUCGGUCCAACUAACGGGCAACAUAAUAUUAUAGCCGAAAUGCAUAAAAUAGAACUGAAACACUACGACUAGUGGGUUGAAAUCGAUGUUUAAACACAGGUGACAGAAUUUAAAGAGGAGAAAAUUUUCGAGAGCACCGCUUUUUUUUUUUCUAAACAAAAGAGCUAUAUUAUUUAUUAAAAAUUUUUGCGUAUCACUAAUACUUAAAACAGUUUAGUUUUUAUGCACCUUUUUUUUUUGUGUACAUUACGACAGACGUGAAUAUUGAUAUACACGGGGGGUUUUUUCUGUCGAAAAUUCACAGCGCCGCGAUGUUCUUUCGUUUUGUUUUUUUUUUUCAAUUUAAACUUUAUUACCGUGACCUAAACUCGUAUAGUAAUAUACCACAGGUACCGCACCGCGUCGUUAUUUCAUUCAAAACCGAAAUAAAUAAAAAGAUUAAUUACGUUGAAUAGUUUGAUGCGCAUUCAAAAAUAGGCAUUGUGUUACAUAGGUACUCCUCGUAUAAUACGAUAAUUAGAUUUCCUCCGACCGGAUAAUAAUAUAAAUGUGCCUAUUUAAUAUAAUAGCAGUGAUGAAUGCCAAUUUUAUUGAAGUUUUUUUUUUAUAGGCGUAGUCGUUUGUAAUGAAUAUCGAAUAACAAAAUAAUACUGAUAUUAGAUACCUACUAUUAUAUAGCAAUGUUUUUUUUUUUUUUUUUUUUAUAUAAAAUGUGCAUAGACUUGCAUUUAUUUUAUAUUUUAAUUAAUUUUCAACUUGAUAUGUGUUCACCAUAAAGGCACAAAACACGGUGUAGUAAACAUAAUACUUAAACGAUGCGUACACCGUAGGACAGUACGACUACUUACAUAUAGUAUUGCAAUACGAAUUAUCGGUAAAGAAUCAACGCUCUAUUUAAGCAAGUACAUUAUGGGUAUUUGUCCAAAAACCAUGUGAAUCUAGGAUUCGUCUACUGGAUAUACUGGAUAACUAUACUAAAAGUGCAUGCGGUGCACGAGCACAAGGCGCCUAAAUUCUUAAAAUCCCUGUUCUACACUAUAAAUCAAUAAAUAGAAAUAUUGUAUUGUAAAAUAAACAAUUAUUACGCCGAAUUAUGAGACACUGGGAAAUAGGCCGAUAAGCCAAAAAAAUUAUUAGAAUUUCAUGCAGUGCACUGGAUCUCUAUUCUCUAUUUCUAUAAUUCAGACCCUGUAAAGAAUUCUAGCAUAACCUAAUUUAACCUAAAUAUGAAUUUCAAAGUUCCCGACAGUUUAUUGACGGUCAGUUUUGUUUUUAUUGACUUAUAUAGAGUUACGUUGGCUACGAACAAAAAAAUCUGGUUUACACGGUCAAAAAUUUUCCCAAAUACUUGUCGUAUGUCAAACAUCAAAUGUUUCAAAACCAUUCCUAAAAUCCUAGAAGAGUUUAUUCAAAUAUGUGAUUACUGAAUCGAUAAAAAAUGUCGUUAUUAUCGCACAUAACACGAACAAUUGAUUUUUUCAUGCGUAGUGGCGUGGUUUAAAGUUGUUAAAUUACAAUCACUUAACUUAUAAAUUAUUGUUAUUUUGAUUUAAUAUUUGAUAGCCUGAACCUUUUUUCUAACUAAUUACUAAAUUUUGAUACAUUUCUAAUAUUUUAACCAUCUGAAGAGGAUUUAACACUAGGUGUAUUAAUCAGUUUACCUAGCAGCUCCGCUCGAAAUUGUUUUUUGAUUUCAACAAUUUAUCAUUUUUGUCUGCAAUAUAUUAUUAUUAUGGAAUAAUAUUAAUUUUCUUUGAUCCAUAUCCUAUCCAUAUCUGUCUUUUUUUCCACGAUUAAUAUCCAUGUAUAGAUACAUAUUGUCGUUUAUCCUAUGUACGCUUCUUCAUUCGACACCCAUUUUAUCCAGGAGAUUUUUAAUCUCCGCGGUGCCAAAAGUAUGCUCCAGUUCUUUUUUGUAGUUUGUUAUUAUAAUUUUUGUUGUUGUUUUUGUUGUCGGAACUAAUAAUUUAAAUUCGAUAGAUAUAGGUUUUUUUUAAAAAAAAAAGGAUCUCUCGGCAAAUUCGUUUUGCGCGGUAUAAACAUGGACUAAUUCCAAAACUUUCGUCUUGGAUAACGGCCAUUUCGCACAAAACUUAUAUAUAUACUGUUGCUGCACCACAAGUAUUAUAUUAUUAUACGAACCGCACGUUAAAAAUAUUAAAAUUGAAAUAUAUAGCCCUUAUGAUGUAUACAUACAUUCCGGGUGGACGACUUCUAAAUUUAGCGCGUAUCCACAUCAUUUUUGACCCAGUUUUUUUUUUCAGAUUGUAUACGAGUAUAAUAAUAUAACAUAUUAAUGUUAGAACGCGAAUAAUCGGUCCAGGUCAAAAUAUCUCCAGUGGAAAUAUCUUUAAACAAUUUAAUUUUAAAUAAAAUUGUAACCCAUAAUAUGUUUUUUUCUUCUUUUAAAUAUACAAUCUUACAAUCUGUAAACUUAUUAUUUUACAAUGAGAAUAUGUGCUAUAAUAACAAUAAUAAUUAGCAUGCGAGUUACUUGAUAAAAGGAGUAACCCAGCGGCUACACUUUAUAUUGAUUUAAAAUUGUAUACUAUAUAAUUUCUUUUUAUACAUUAAUUUAUAUUUGGAUUAAAAGUUAAGUUCAUAACACCAUAUUUUCUUAAGGCUCCUUUGGGAAUUGCCUGGGAUUGAGUCUGAAUCAAGUUCUGAAAUUAGUGGGUUAGAGCGGUUUUCUAGUCGUGAGUGAUUAACGUUUAUAUAAAAUUGAAGACAUUUCUAGAACAGUUUUGGUGUUUAAAUUAAUUUUGUAUUAAAUUUUAGUAUAAAUUAAUUACUCAAUUAAUAUUGAAAAUAUCUCAAAAAAUACAAAAAUAUAUGCGUACUAAUAUUAAAAUUUAUACUAUUCAAUGACAAAAUUACAAAAAUAUAUCAAUACUGGAGAUUUUUUUUUUUUAAGAGAUAUUUUUUAAUUAGAGAUAUAAGAUUUGACCAGUCACCGAAUAAUCGAAUGAUCGGUACGUCCUUAAAUCGUUUGUAUAUUAUUAUUGGUACUACGAUAUUAUUUUAGAAGAACUUUCGCCUUUCGUCACUUGCACCACUGGCAGGUAUGCGAGAUUACACUAGUAUCGGUUCAAAUAACUGGUUUUUAGCGAUGUCGAAAUGCAUACCUAUAUCCGAAACACGCCUCUGCAGCUGCAAUACAUUUAUAGAGAAUUCAUUUCCGAAUCGACAUUGUGUAUAAAAACACUCUUGCCUUUCGAUUUGAAAAGAAAAUAUAUUGACUAUAGAGUAUAAUAUAUACCUAAAGCGAAAUUUUAUGUAAGAUCGGGCGGUUAAACGUACAAUUUUUCAUACAUAAUUCGGGAUUAUAAUUUUUUAUUUUUGAAACAUUUUUUCAGCCAUUUUAUAAACUUUAUUUUUUUGAACAUUUUGACGUAUCGACUUUAUUUUCAUUAAAUUCGUGUUUUUUAAUAAUUUGUUAAAGUUCCAAGUAAAAAGUACUGAUAAUUAUGCAGCAGGCUGUAAUUACAUUAGCUAAGUGAUUAUUAUUAUUUUGGUUAACUGACUGUUCACUUUUUUCUCGGAGCUUUAAACAAUUAUUAAAAAACUUCAUUAUUUUAUGAAAAUAACGUUGAUACGUCAAAAUGUUCAGAAGAAUAUAAACUUUAUAAAAUGGCUAUAUUCAAAUUUUUCAAAAAUAAUAAAAUAAAAGUUAUUUUUUUAAGAUUUCGACCAAAACAUAAACAAUUGAUUAAAACAUAAAUAUCCGUAGUCCUUAUUCCUUUGAGUAAUAUAAAAAAAAAAAUAAUAAUAUAAUUUGAUUAAGUAUCUUUAUUAUUUCCGGAGAUAUUACGAUUGGUAAAUCUUUGUGGGGCACACUGUAUAGUUACACCAACAUAUCCGUAUAUUAAACAACAAUCGAUUUUAACUAAAGGGCGGGCUGAUAUUUUUUUUCAACGAACUAUAUAAUUGAUUUGUUUUUUUCUUAUUCACAAUAACCUACAUUAUAAUCUUAUUAAAAUAGCCUUACGGACCCAUCCCCUUAAAUCUACGGUGGCAUACUUUCGUUUUGGAUCUGCACCCAAUAAUCUGAGGCUCAAAAAAAGUCAUUGAUAUUCUAUAUUAUAAUAUGUCGAACCAAUUAAUCAGUUAAUUAAAAUUAUUGGUUAUUGCCAGUAGGUAUGUAAUAAAUUCUCGUAUCAAUUGUCUGAUUACAAUACCAUACCUAUAAUAAAUUGCUGGACCACUGCGUUAUAUGUUUAGAGAUAUCAGGUAUAUUAAGUAUAUUACUCAUCGGUAUGUUAUUUAUCCGAAACAAAAAACAAACCAACGAAAGCCAAACGUGUUAUUUAUUUUAACGAGCAUCACACAUAGGCAGGUUUAUAUUAUAUUAUGUACACAAAUCGUAUUCUUGUCUGCCCGAUUGUCGUACAAAUAUAAUAAUAUUAUUUAUAAUAUAAUAUUCGUUUAUCAUAAUUUUAUUGUUAAUACUGUUAUUAUCAUAUUUUUGUUGGUUGAAUUAUUUGUUCAGUGAUAAACAAAAAUAUACUAAAUGUUUUUUUAUUAUUUAAUUUUUUUUUUUAAUCUAAUUGAUUUUGACUAUUGGAUUGAAUUAUCGAUUCUUCGUUUCAGUUAGAUCUUGACAACGUCAGGAUUCACACGUGUAUAAACUCGAGUAGUCAUUUUAUGGUUAUUGAUUAACAAUAUUUCUUGCUGUUUUUUUUUUCAGUAAAUUUUAAGAACUAACAAAGAUCGCUUCGCCGAUAGUAAGAGAUUAUUAACAGUAUUUAGUUACUAACACCAUUAACACUAUCCGUCAGCAUGCAGCACAAUAGGUAAGUCGUCUGUAUCCAUAUACAUCAUACACCUAACAACACUAUGUAUUUUAAUUCAAAUAUAUUUAAAUUAAAGGGAUUGGAUACCGAUAUUUUUUUUAUUAAUAAUUGUCUAACACAACAUAAUAUGUUUAUUCGUCGCAGCGAUUCGGGCUGAUUUUCUUUCAGUCGGUCCGAUUUACGUAGCAGUAAUUAAGUGAUAAGAAUUUCAAAAAACAGAUUUGGAUUCAGCGUGAAGUGUAGUGGCCAUUGUUUCGAAUUUCGUCAUUUUAGUCUUUCCUUUGAUUAAAAUUUUUAUAUAAAAAACGUUGCCUGACCGAACCCACGUAUACACUACACGUUGAAUUCAAUAAUUGAGAUCCUAUAUAAUACAGGGGUGGCUACUAACCUUAAUUUCGAGAACCGCAAAUUCAUAAAGCUCAUUCUAGGCGAGUAACAUUGUAAAGCGAUGUUUAUAAAAUGAAGACACAUUUUUCAUUUUAAAUCAAAUGAGAAGUGCUCUUUUGAGUGUUCAUUUUUUCUGCAAGAUUUUUGAAAUCUGACGGAUAAUUUGUGAGCGUAGUUCACACAAGUUCACUUGUUCAUCAGUUAGUUCAGAUAUCAGAUCGAUAUUUAGAUUUAAUGAAUUUAAUUGGUCGCUAUGCCAAUCUAUAAAAACGACUGUAAUGAUAACGAAACCAACGGCAAUAAAAUCAUUUUCUAACGAAAUUAUAUUUAUUAAUUUUAGUUCAGGCUUGGUUCAAGAGCCGCACGAGACUGAUUCAAGAGCCGCAUGGAGUUCACGAGCCUCGUUGUGGCCACCCUUGCUAUAAUAUAUAAGAAAAUAGUGACCAAUUCGAUAAAGCAGUAUGAUUGGCCACAUACCGGUUAAUUAACAUAACUGAAUUAUCGUGCUGUUUUACAGUACUUAAUAAUGUAUGAAAAUAUUUAAUCUCCACACAAAUAAGUAUAGAUAAGAAAGAAUAUACACGUUUAUUAUUAUGAUCUUUGUAUAAUAUUUCAAAGCUAGAUUUUUUUUUAAUUAUAAGAACAAAUCUUGAUGCAAUAAUGGUAUUUUAUGGGCCGUGACUCCCCAUUCUGAGUAGAAUAGUAUCUACCGAAAGACCUUCCCGGGCAAAACCAUAAAAAGUGCCUACUGAAAAAAAAAUUUAAAUUGGCACGGUCUCAACACAAAAAACCUGGAAUUUUAGAUUUUUAUUUUUUUCGGUUUUCUAUAAGCGUUAUAAUUACAACGACGAUGACAAUUUAUUUCAUUUUUACUUGAUCUCAACGUGGACCCUUUAAUGGCGGUCCGUGAAAACUUGAUAAGAACCGGUGGCCACUCUAUUAUCAUAUAGGCUCUCUAGAUCGGACCGACCAAGAGGAAAUCGGUCUACAUCAGUAUUGCCGUGCUGCUUAUGUGUUGUGAUUCGUAAAAAGAAAAUAUCUUUAUUUUAUAAUUUGGAUAGUAUUGGAUGAUAAUGAAAUUUGGAUGAUAUUUGGAGGUGUAUAGUUUUUUCGGAACCAUCAGACAAAUGGUACUUUGAAGGAGAUUAAAUGUUUUUUAUAAAAAAAUUAAAUAAAUAACUUUGUACAAAAAUAGUUCGGUUUUUUUUGGGUACGCCCUCGUAUACUAGAAACAGGUACUAAUCCAAACGUGCAUUAUAAACGGUAAACAAAUACCGAGUCUCCGAGUUACUUAAAUACUAUCGCUUGAAAAUACCGAAUUUUAUCACCCAAACGGCAUUAUUACUAUAAUUACGAAUUGAAAUAACUUAAAUUAUCGAAAAUGACGUGCAGAUUUUAAGUUAUCGACUGUAGUCUUCAGUAGAGCCUGACUGUUAUACGUAUCUAUAGGUGUAUGUCGUUAAAUAAGUAGUUUGUCUUAAAUAUUUUAUUAGGUAGGUAUUUUCGUAUCGUUAGAUUAUAACUGUUGAUGCGUUAUGACGCAUCCAUAAUAACAAAAUGAAAAAACGAGCAAAUUACUUUUCGACAGGCUAAAAAUAUUCUAAUAUUUCUAAUAGGUAGAACGUAUAACACAUGGUCGUCGACACUGUUAUCGUUGGUACACAGACAUGACGAAUGAAAUUCAAACGGUCAAAAUAUUCUAAAAGUUAUAUGGUUUUCUAACGUACGUAUGCAUUUAUUAGCGGUGGGAAAAAUUCGGGUUUGUUGAAUAGGGAAUCCGAUAUCCUGAUUUUUGGAUUUUGGAAUCCGAAAUCAAAAAUGUAUUCAAAAGAGUUUUAGAUUUUGAAACUUUAAUUUUGAAUUCUUUUAGGCAUUUUUAUUGAAUUUAAAAAACUAAUCAUAAUUAUAAUUGUUCUUUGUGUAAGUAUACUAAAAAUAAUCUGAUAAUAGUCCAUUAUAGUUCAUUAUAAUUAUAAAGAUAAAAUAUGGGUGAAAGGUGAGCUGCUGGCAAAUGUUUCAUAAAUAUAUUUUUUUUUCUUCUUUAAAUCUUUUAUUAUCAAUAACGAUUUUAGAAUAUGAGCAUUGUUAUACAAAUAUUAUAUAUAAAUCGAAAAUAUGAUCAAAAAUUAAAAAUUGUGCGUAUUAACAUAUAUUCCAGCCAAAACUAAGUAUAGACUACAGACAUCAUACAAAAGAAAAAAAGACACAUAGAAAACCUAAAAUACCUAUAUUAUAGGUGUUGUGUAAUAUAUUCAUCGCUCCGAUCAUAAAUUAAAAUAAUAGUAAUACAAAAAAAAAAAAAAAAAAAAAAAUGGGAUGUGCAUUUAUAUUUUUACUCCUACGUCACAUUUCACUACUGUAGUACAAGGCGACCGACUAUCUAUUAAUGUUAUUAUUAUCAUCAUCAUUCAUUACAAUAAAGUGCUCGUAUAGUGAUCGAAUAAUCAACUUCAAUAAUAUUUUAGUGUCGUCAUCGCUCAAUUAAAUAAACUUAUUGCCUAUAAUAUUCAUUAUACUACUAAUAACUAAUAAUAUAUAUACUACUAGUGUCUUUGCUAAGUUAUUUAAUACAAACUAUUAUGAUUGCACAUUCAAAUAUUAUUUUAACAGCUAUUUAGAACACGUAUUCGAGUAAGAAUACAGAUAUUUUUGAAACAUGUUUAUAAAUACUAUCAAAUAGUUUUCUCUUUUACAUAUGUAUAUAAUAUCAUCCCAUAAGUAAAACAUUUUGAAUCCAUUUCAAUUUUAACUUGUUAUUUGUAAAAAUUAUAAUAGUAUUCAUAAUCGUAUAUUCGAUUUCGAACACAACAAACGCGUAUGAAAAAUAUUCAAAAUACAAUUACACCGUGUGAUUAUUUUCGUAUAAGUAUUUAAAACGCGCGUUCAAACGUCGCUAGUGUUCGAAUGGUUUUAUUUAAAAAAUUGUAUUCGAUUACUCUCCGAGUUUCUGGUCUUUGAUUUUUGUUCAACGUCCCAAAGUAAAUCGCCGUUUGGCGGGAAUUAAAACCUAUUCUAGUUUUAGAAUAAUAUUAUUUUAAUUUGAAACCUUGUUAAUUUACACAGAGGCGUAUAAAUAUCAUUAAAUACUAGUGUUAAUGUAUAAUAUUAUGUUUGUGUGGUUAUUAUUCGCCACCGUGCUCACGUAAACGGAGAGAAAUUUAUUUUUACGUGACACGACGUUUCGACAAACCGCCGCAGUCACCACCUGUGGUACAAAAAAAAAAACAUGACCAUAUUCGAUUAGUACCUAUAUGAAUCUAAAAUUAAAAUUCGACGACGCGUAAAUACAUAUAAUAUAAGUAUAGCGGCACAAGACAAAAUUUUUAAUUUUUGCAUGAGAGUCGAUUGAAAUUUUAAUUAGUGAGUGCGCCUACCGAUAUUUUUUAUAUUGAUAACGGAACAUCGAUACUUGAAAACAUUUUUCUUAAGGAAUCUUCUUAUAUGGUGAUUUUUUUUUUAUAAACCCGCUAUUUUCACGGAGAAUUUGAUUUGAUUUUUUUAAAACAAUUAUGUAUUCUUUUAAGCUUUAUUUUAAAACAAACCAUUUUUAAUUUUUUACCCUUAUUCCAUGUACCUUGAAUUAAUAUAUACUUUUAUUUUUCUAACAGGAACCUUCUUUUUUGAACAAAGAUUCAAAUAGAGAAUAAUUGUCUAAACAUUUUGAUAUGCUUAACACUAAUAUCAGGUUUAUUAUUUAUAAGAUAUAAUUAUUUAAAGUUUAGACCGAAGGAAAAGGGAACAGUUAACAAUUUAUCAUUUAAAAAUAGAUAUGCAAUUUAUCAUUCUUAUUAUGGAGUUGGGCUCGGAAAUUAAAAAUGUUUUUUUUUUUUAAAUAAAGCUUAAAAUAUUCCAAAAAAAACCCUGUUUAAUAACUAAUUCUGCGUUAAAUCAUCUACAUCGAUUGCAGUAAAAAAUAUACAGUUUAAAAAGUCUAGAAAAAGAUAAGAGAUAAAUAUCUAUGUGAAGAUAAAAGAUACACGUAAUAAUUUAAUUAUCUAUGAAUGAAACUAAAUCAAUCAAUUUUUUUAUCUAAUAAAACAUCGCGUAUAGUUUUGAUUCGUGCGCUGUAAUAUUAUUUUUGCGUGCAUAUACCUAGGCCUAAUAUAAAUGUACACGUAUAAAACGGACUUGCUCUUUUGCCGUAGGUUCUGCAAGGGAAUGACGUAAUCGUUUCUAAACCUUUUUAACAUUCAGGGCUAUGCGCGUAAUAUUCUCGGCGAAAAUCGUUUCCAGUAGGAAUAAUAAUACGCCGACAAUAAUAGUAAUACUAAUAUAUGCGAACGUGGGCUGUAGAUAUUAUUGUCAAUUUAAAAACGGUAUACCUACAGCUGCAGCGCGCAACCGCGUAGGUGUAAUAUUAACACAGCGUGGUAUUAUUGUAGUAUGUUAUUAUUAUGUAGGUUAGGUUCAAAAACGUUUUUUUAUUCGAAUUUCAAGGACACCUGGUGCUGUUUAUUUUAAUGUUUAUUAAUUCUACUCAAAUAUCCUAGAAACCGGGUUUACAAACUUUUUGAAAAGAUGAAUCAGGUGUUGGUCCGUAGUACUUAUUUUCGUAAACGGUUUUUUUUAGUACGUUUUGAAAAUGAGCGACAACAAUGUUUUUAUUCUUUUUUUGCAGUUGAAGAUCUUCCCCUGCUUCGUCUUCAAUCGACUCGUACAAAAGUAUACAUAAUAUUUACAUAUAUAAAGAGACGAAUUAAGGAAACUAAAUUUAAAACUAGAUUAAGGGUAGAUGGUUUUAAUUUAAAGGAACUAUCGGUAAAAAAAAAUCAAAAUUUUUUAAACCUUUGCAGAAGUUCAAGGUCCGAUAUAAGGGGCUAUGUAUAACAAAAUUUUUAGUGUGAGGUGUUUAAUAUAGAAACAACGAAAAUUACGAGUAUUUACUUGAGGUACGUUAAAAUAUAUUUUUCCCAAUAAACUAGGACAGUCUAUGGAACCGUUCAAUAGUCCAUAUACAAAAAAUAUACAUCAGGAAAAUUUCGUGUGGAUUGCAAAGAAUUCAUGUUGCAUUGACGCUCAACUUCAGAAGUAGGAUAACCGGUCAAAUCAAUUGUAUGUGCUACCAUGCGAAGGAAACGUUGCACUUUUUAAAUUUUAUCCGUAAGACCUAGUUGCGUAGGGUUCCAAACAACUGAACUAAAGACCAGAACGUACUAAUGCAUAAAACAAAGUUUUCAAGCAGUGUAGCUUAUUAAACCUUUCGCAAUUUUUUUUUUAAAAACCCUAAAUUUCUGUAAGUUUUAACACAAAUAGUAUUUAAACGUUCAUUAAAAGAAAUAUCCGAAAAUAAUAAAAUAUAUAAGUCCCCAAUGGUCUUCACACUUACUAAAUUCAAAUUAUUUUUUACGUAUUCGACUUAUCAGAUGGUUUCGAUUUCGAUAAAGAAAAUUUACUUACACAUGUCGAUAUUUAUGUGUAAACCCAUUCAGAUCAUAUUGUUAGUAUAAUAAUAAUGAUCCUCCCUGUUUUUAAUGACCAUAAAUAUAUAAAUAGCUUUAGGUUGUCAACAAAUAAUAAGUAUUUACAGUGCUGAAAAACAGUACUUAAAUCGUUAAUGAAAGUUAAAAACAAGAUGGGCGAUAAAUGACCUCCCUGUGAAAUUCCAGAAGUUGCCAAGAAAGGAGUGGAAACCGUAUUCUGUAUUUUAAUUAUUUGUGUUCUAUCACAUAAAUAUGAUGCUAACCAUUCCAAGGACUUGCCCGUUCUUCUUACAAUAAUGUAUACGAACAACAAAUUACCGUAUGUAAUAGUUAUUAUAUAUUUAUAUUAUCAGUUUUCAUUCCACUAUUAUACACCAUCACUGUUUGAUUAUAUCCACACACGUUGAUUUUUAAAUUUUGUUUAUCUUUCACGAUAUUAUAGGAACAUAAUUUAGUUGUUUUAAUACCUAUUUAAAUAAUCGGGUGAUGCAACGUUAUAUUGGAUAUAGUCGUAUCGUGUUGUGUAGCCGGAUUAAUGUGGGGUGGCCGGGAGAGGGAGCUAAGAGCAAGGGUUGUAACUUGUGAGGUUAGGUUAGGCUUCAGACAAUUUUAUUAAACACUUUUUAUAAAACAUUAAAAAAAAAAAUAUAUAAAAAUUGAAGUGUAAAUGAUCAAAUAUAGAAAAUUUAUGUUAUGUUUUUUUUCAGUUCUAUAAUUAAUUUUAAAAUGUUUAAUAAUGUUUUUAACGAAAAAAACGUCCACGAACCACAGCGACAAUUGUUUUACAAUAUCUGUUUUAUGUUUGUUUUACAAUUCCAGAGCAAUGUCUCAUACGGUGACAGUGACCAGGACCACGACGUCCACGACGUCUGCCAUAAUUCUGAACACAGGUUACGUGAAAUCUGUGCCCGGCUUAUUGAAGUUGGCUGAAGUCGUAAGUACCAACAGUAUUAUUAAACUCAGAAUCUAAAAAAAAAAAAAAUUGUAAUUAUUAAAAAUAUUUUGAAAACCGUCGAUAAUUUUAUUGGAUUUAAAUACAAGUAUAUAUUAUGUAUAAUUUAAAUUUUUUUAUUCGAAUAUAAUUUCGGAUAAUACCGAAAUUAAAAAAAAUAAUAUCGUGUGUUAUAGACGUGUGGAUGUGCAGCUCCUAUAAUAUCGAUAUGCAAUGUGCAUAACGUCAUAAUAUUAUGAUAUAGUAGUUUAUACAAAGCCUCGUAUUUAUACGAUUUUAAAAAUAUACAAUAAUUGCUGGUGUAAUUUGUCGGAGUUUUGUUUUGUUUUGUUUUGUUUUUUUUUUUGUCUAAAUCACUAUUACUUUAUUAAUAGUAAAAUUGGACGUUCGCAAUAAAAUAAUUAACACCGCGUCUAAUUAUAUUUAGGUACUUACCGUGUCCUAGUCUGAAUCAACAAACGAUUAUAAGGUUUUAAUAGCGUGUAAGUUAUUGUGUUAUUCUAGAUAAUUCAUUAUGUAUGUCGAGACUUGGCCGAGUAAUGAGGUAGUAUACAUAAAUACAUAUAUAAAAAAAAAAUAAAAAAAUAGUGCAAAUGGCUCAAUUACAGUGAUUUGAAAUUUUGAAUAUUAUUUGAAAUUUGAUCACUGAUAUCAGCCAUUUGGUCCUAUUUAUAGUUUUACCGUACCAACAUUAAGACGAGUGUAAUAUUUGCAUUAACCAUUUUGUCUCAGUAAAAAAUAAUAAUAAUGAAAUUAUUCGUAUGAAAAACAUUAAAAAAAUCUUUGAAAUUACAAUUGGUCACGACGGAUUAUUUCGGGUUAUAAUAAAACGUGCGAUUUCGAUUAGUGAUGUAUACGCGAAAAUUCAUUUCGUGUCACCUAUGAUAUACAAUACUCGCUACAACAUAUCGCAAAACUCACCUUAACGUGCGAUUUAUAAACAUUUCAAACGGACAUAAAAUUUCAAAUUUCACGUUAUUCAGUGGCGUAUGUUUGAGACGGAAUAAAAUAGAUCAGUCUUUCCUACGUGGCCCGUUGUUGUAACAAAAUAAUAAUAUUAUCACGAUUUAAGAAGUAUGGCAUUACAAGUCCGUAGCCACAUUGCUCUUUAAUAUUAUCAUACACUUAUUAAGCAUCCCUAACAACACAAUAUUACUAUAAAUUGUAUUUGGUGAUAACUGAUAAUAUUUCCAGUCUCUUUACAUACUUUCAUGUCAAAUUCCAUCGGACGAGGUCGUCGACGAACCAAGUUUAAAUAAAAUAAAAUCGGAUUUCAUGUCACGUGCGAUAGCCCCGCGGCUAUUUCUCUGAACAAUUAUUUUAGUGACCCAUCCCUUUCCCAUGAAAUAUUCCAAAGUGCGGUAGCACUGGCGUUCUAUAUUACAGUAACCCGCAAGUUGACUAACUGCAUACGUCGUACGAAUACAAAUAUCGAAUGGCGAUUAGACGCGUAUACGUGCAAUGCGUCCCGGGAAAGCUGGCAUACGACAAAAACAGCCACUGGUUUCGAUCGCAAUAAAAUGAUACGUCCAACGAUAUUAUAGCCGUCAUUUGAAACACAAUCACGGAGAUGUAUCUUAAAUAAUAUUUUUGAAUUCAGUUGUGGUCUAAUAGAGCGGUCGGUGGAUCGACAAGCCCUAGUCAACUGUUCGUUGGAAUUACAUAACAAUCAAAUGUAAAACGAUCAAGCGCAUAAUUAUUAUUACAUUAGUUUGAGAUCAUAUUAUUUAAAAAAUUAAGACAUUUAUACAUUAUUUUUUUUUCUCUACAAAUUACUCAUUUGGGGUAGCGUAGCUGUUAUUUGUCGACCCUGAUAUGAAGUGGCGGGAUAGCAGUAGCUACCCCCAUCGCCUUUGCCCGUCUGCAGCGUUUGUCAGAACGAAUUUUCGUUUGGCUAAAAUCAAAAUACAUACGAUACGCGUUAUACGAUUUCGCCCGGGCCGGAAAUCAUUGAUUAUUUUUAUUCGCGAUGAUCGAUAACCGAUGACGACGACUUCUAAAUUUAAAACAUUUUUACUCAUCACGCGAGAUAUUAUACAUGCGUGUGAUACGCCACCGCCGUCCACUCGAAUGCAUUUUUAUUUGCAGUAUUAUUCCGAGUGCGAACUAUAUCCUCAAGUGUCAUGUGUAUGUGCGUAAGCAUAAUACGAUAUAAAUAAUAUGCGCCGCUGCUGACGUGUAAACCGUCGCAAUACCGCCGAGUAACGAUAAUAUACAAGGUGUGCAUAUUAUUUGUUGGUUGACGAUAAUAUACAGCUUAUUUGAAUGAAAACAUCAUAAUAUAGUAAUAGACUCUAAUUGUGCCAUUGGCGGGUUUUAAAAAUUUUUCCACGAGAUGACCUAAAAAGUAGUAUACAUUUCAAAGGUACUAUUAUUAAUUGACGCCUCUUUUUUAGACGAUAUUUUAUUGAAAUUAUAUCAAUGUCUAAUGGGAGGGGGGGAGCAAUCCAGACCUCCUGGACCACCCUCCCGUAAAUCCGUCACUGCCCCGUGCCACGUUAGUUUUCCCGCUAUUUCUAGUACACUUCUAUUGGCAUUUUCUGGAAUGAUAAAGUCCCACGUUCGGGAAUUCGAUUUGUUUUACACGCGAUGGAUUGAAGUAAUAAAAGUCGAAUCGAAUUUCAACGUAAAUUUGACGAUAUUUUUGUGACAUUGUUAUUAACAAGUUUAUUUAAUGUUUAUAACGCAGUAUACGGUAUUUUACUUUAAUAAAAAAAUUGUAGGCAGUACACCGUGUAUGUAACAGAUAAAUCCGACCGGACGUGUUUUAUAUUCAAUUUACUAAAAGCGUUUUUGUCAGAGGAAAAUAGGCGUCGACAGAAGACGAUCGUUCUUCUGAUUUUUGUUUUUUUUUUUUCACGACACAGUCCGGCGUGAUUCAUCAGCGUAUUAUUAUAAUAUAGCUACACUUCGAGUAAGUGAUAUAAAUAAAUCGUAAAAAAAAUCCGAAUACUCGAAAAUUGUUUAUAUUAUGUUUAUUUUUGUCACGCGCGCAUUAAACCGACGAAACCCAUAUGGGAAUUGGCAAAACCGCAUGGAAAUCGUCUUGUGUUGAUUAUACGGCAACGAAAAUGUUGUCGCCAUGGGCGACAGUUGCGAACCAAAGCGCGUUACUGAUUCGGUUAUAAAACACGAGAUUUCGAACCAGCGUGACGUGCGUAAACGCACGGCGCACAGUCGAGAUGACACAACAAAAUGCGUGUCGAGGCCUAAUAUCGUCAUCGCGUCUUCGUCAUAAACGGGCAUAAAAAAUAUUUUAUUAAUCGCACGAGUUACAGGCGGGCCGGUGCGUUUGUUACGACGGCUAUGACAACCGGUCGUGGAACGAAAGACACGAAAAAAAAAUAAAACCGUGUAAUUUCGAGUCUGCCCCGGGGGCCGAAUAAUAAUUGUUUUGUACCUAUACGUGCGCGCGUAAUAAUAGUAAUAAUGACUAAAAAGAUAAUAUUAUUAUCACUGUAUAUAAUGUACGGUGAACGUCAUCCAGACGAUGACCUCAGCGCGUUUUCGGGCUCACCGACGGCGGCGUCGAGAUUUAUCGUUAUUUUAAAUUCCGAGCGGACCGGAGAAGUCAUUGUGCAAUCACUGAGGGAACUGCGAACGUAACAUCUUAAAGAAUCCUAAACGAAAUCCUUCAGAAACAGGUAUGCGGUUAACACGCUAGUAAUUCUGAAUAACGCGUUUAAAAUUUAUUUUCUGAUAAUUUCAGUAUUGAGGAUAUUUGAAUGUUAUUUUGAAAAAAGUUCUUGCUGUAAUUCGAAAUGUUCGACACUGCACACGCAGAACACAUUUCGAUAAAACGGAUUUUUAAACUAUUCGAUUCCGUUAUACGGCGGAUUAAGAGAUUGUACUCGUUUUCGUCUUAUAUACCUGACCAGUAAAACGACUUUCGCUCAGAAUCGAUAUUUUAAUCACAAUGGCGAUUUUCGUCGCUAUAUAUUCGUAUAUACAUAUGUGUACAAGUGUCCAGUGCUUUUCCGUCUACAACACUCAAGUCUCACACACCGAAAUAGGCGCAACUGGAGCCUAAAUAUUGGGAGUGUUAAAAUUAUGUAACGAAAAAUAACCGGUGGGGGCUGCGCCCCUACGCUCCCAAAUGCCAUUUCUCAAUUAUUUUUGAAUCACGAUAACCAUUCGAAAAUGAAACGUGUCUAGUUAUAUUUAUGCACAGUUAAAACAUUGUGAUAUGUGAUCUUAUAUUUUACGAUUAAAUAGUGAACGCAAUCGGUGAACACGGACACUCGACCGAAGUGACGAGACGAGUACCUCGACAAUCACGAAAUAUUUUAAAUUAAUCUCGUGAUUGGGCCGAUAAAAGUUUAUAUCAAACCCACGAAGGCAAUAAUAACAUAUUAUUAUCGGUCCGUCUCGGCACAUAUCUGUAUACAGCGCUUUUUUAUGCGAUCCGUUGUCUAAAAAUAGCUCUCAAGCGAACAGUCUCUCCGUUGCGAUAUUCGAUAAAAUGUAUCACCAUAUCCAUAGACAUUUGAACAUAACUGUUCUAAAUAAAACCUAAAAAAAAAAAACAUUGAAUCGACUUGGUAUUUCGCUGCAAUCGUUAUAGUUGGAUCUAAAAAAACAAGGGAUGCUAAAGACCCUCUUGCACCCCACCCCCCGCCCCCCCUGGUUUCUCCACUGUCCACCGAUCGUAUGAAGUAUGCGGUUCCUUUUUUAGUUAUUACUUAUUAUAAUUGUUUUGGGCGGUGGCUAGGCGUAUUCCAUAAACGCGAUUAUAAUCGAAAGUCACGCCCGGGAAACGGCCCGCUAGCCUAACCCGACAGUAGUAUCGUUCCGUUAAAUAAUGAAAGACAAUUCCGUUCGCUCACCCCCUCGAAUUUCUAACACUCCGAGCGUAUUUUACCAAUUCUGUUACAUACCCACUAUAUACACGUACCAUGGAUUUUUUCACGGCGCACUCGAAAACGUUUCAAGUAAGAAAAAAAAAAAACUCGCAAUAUUGUCAAUACUAUACAUCGUGUGUUAUAUUUCGACAUGUACGAGUGUUAUUAUAAUUAUUACGAUAAUAAUACAUAUUCGCGGUCUUGGAGGCCCGCUGAAAACAAUAUUUCGAAGCGAGUCGUGACGUCGUUAUCCCUCCCCUGAAUAUCCCGUUCGUGUCACCAACGCAAUAAUUCUGCAUAGGAUUCCAACGCCGACGACGUCACCGCGUAUGAAUGCCGAACAUACCGAACGAUUGUUUUAGUAAACUCAAUAAUAUACUAUAAGCACACUCUGUACACAAUAAUAUUUCAAGGCCGGUUUUUAUUUCAAAGAGAAAUCGUUGUUAAUUUUUAUCCCGAGAUAAAUCGAGAACGAAAGUUAGCUAUGCACAUGGCCACAUACAUUCCCCCCCUCCCUGCCCAAACUCAAAAGUAGAAUAUCUCGUCAACGGGUUGACGGGAGUAAACAAUGUCAACACCAAAAUUGCAUUUAAACUAAAACUUCGUACGUCAACAGAAGUCGUUAUUUGAAAAUCGGAAGUGGACAUAUAGGUCAUGAUUACUCUGUGCCCGAAAAUAAGGGCGACGAAUCGCGGCAUUUCAAAAGAAAUUUGUUCAAGCGAACGGACUUCGCUCAGAACUGCGUUUCGUUUGUACCGAUUUACCGUCGCGUUCCAAUGGAAAUCAAAUAACUCUGCAUUUCCCACGUCUCGUCUACAAUGCGCGUCCGCCGCAGAGUAUCGGCUCUUUUGUUAUUUUCUUACCGACGAUCGCUCACUGGAGCGACGUUAAAAGGUCGCUAAAUAUCGAAACGCGAUUAACAAAACGCACACGAUAUUUUAAUAGAUAAUCUCUGCGCAAAAAGCGAAACGAGCGAUGAUAAUAUUACGAUAGUACGGGCGUUUUUAACGAGCUCGAAAAUCCGGCAACGCGCGCGCACGACAUAAAUUAUGACGUUUAGGCCGAGUCCCGACGGGCGUGUGUCCGGGGACGAAAUGCCGCGAAAUGGAAAAAGGCACGCCGUGAUCGAUACCCGCGAAGUCUCGCGCCCGGAAUAUCUGUGGCGCCAUGUGCACUCGCCCCCUCGGCUAUGCCAAUGUCCAUUGCGUGUACAAUGGCCCGGCGUCCAGCUACUAUCAUUAUACUAGUCGUGUGUACAUAUUAAACGCGAUUUGCGAUCGGCGAGCCGGAAAACCGCGUCGGCCUCGGGGACCUUGGUCUUUAGGUGUGAAAAAAAAAUAAAAAAAUACCGCAACGCCAAUAGCAUACGCGUCUGUCCGAAAAUAAAACGUCCGUCGAUAAGGCUCGUUUUGAACUUGGCGGUUUCGCCGUCGUCGCGUUUGUCAAUAAAUCCGACGUUUUGUGGACGGUAUAUGGUGUCCGACGGAUUGGCACGUAUCGACCGCAUUGUCGCGAUAUGUACAUAUUGCUUUUAUUAUAUUACGUUCGAUAUCUUAUUAUAUUCCUCAAAACGUUUCCAAAGUGUCGUGUACCGCAAGGACACGCGUCGUCGUGACGGUUCUUAUACGUCUGGUUUAAAAAAAAAAAAAAAAAAUAGCGUGCGGACGUGCGGCACUUUUGUACGUGUUAAGUUUCGAAGGUGGGAUAUAUGCGCAAACAGCGUAAUAUUAUUUACAAUGUGUACGGGACGAUAAAUCAUUUCUAACCGAAAACGAUCCUUAAGCGAUUGAAAAACAAAAAUUUAUUACGUCGCGUUCGACUUUUUGUUUUGACCUUUAAACGUUGUUUACUGACAGAACAAAAUAAUAACAAUAUAGUAGUAAAAUAAAAGAGCACACGUCAUGGUGCUAGAGCAGCAAAUAUAUACCUCGCUACACUUAGAAUCCAAAAAAUAACAGCUGUGAAGAAAUAACCCAAAGAUUAUCAAUGUAUUUGUUCGAAAAAAAAAAAAAAUAUAAAAUACAAAGUUUAAAUAAACGUUUGGUAUAUAUCUAAAUUUAUAUCUACAUUGUAUUACUCGGGUACGACCGUCGCAUACGCAAUUAUAUUUGACAUGGGCGCAACUAGGGUAGUAUUAUGGGGUCUUUAGCAACCCCUCUCCCCCCCCCCAAACAAAAAGACCCAACAAGCUUUUUCGUAGUAACGACUGCGUAUUAUUUUAUCCGUGUAUUUCAUAAUUGAAAAGCAGAACAAAAUACAUAUAUUACCUACAGACAAUGCAUGUGUGUAUAAAACAUAUGUUAAAAUAGUCAUGAAAAAUUUUUAUACCGACGUAAAAUUGUAAAUGAAAUACAUAGUUGUUUAUUAUAAGAGCCGUGUAAAGGGGAUUGUGAGGGCAUAACCCCCGUGGGCAUUUGACGAGUCCGUAAUUUUAACAUCCCCAAUGUUGGUGGUCUAGUCGCGUUUAUAAGUCUAUAGUAUAUUAUUAUAAUAAUAUUCUUGACGUGUUUUUUUGUUUUCAGAUCCUGGGAGGUAUAAUCUUGGCACUGUUGAUCUUCAACAAAGAGAAUCUAUGCAGCUCCUGGGUUUAUGGCGCACACAAUGCGCAACUUUUCUUCUGGGCCGUAAUCACUACGUUUUUCACAACGAGUUUUCUGCUGUUGAUAUCCUGUCUGCUGUCGAUUUCUACGGGGCCCAUCAUAUCUAAAACCAAUUUCGUAAGUACAUAAAAUACGACACCAAUUCGAUGGGUUUAUUACAUGAGCCACGUCAAUUUGGGGAGUUUUAAACCGGCCGUCUCGAAAUCUCAUUUCUUACUUUUUUUGGAUUUUCGCACUUUUCCUAUGCUAUAAAUUGGGGGGACAGUGUUCGUGGGAAAUAAUAUCAAUCAGAUUUUAUAAUUUUUCAAGAGGCGAAAAAUCUGAAUAAUGUACUAUAGACUAUUUUGCACCAACGGAUUUUACUAUAUUGACUUAUGCCUAAAUACGUAUACGUGAAAUUAAAAAAGAGAUAGAUAGAUUGUUUAGUGCCACCAAUAGAUCUGUCAUAAAAAUUUCCCACUAUAUUCAUUUAUAUUGUAAAAUUUGACAAAAUGUGAUUUUUUCACGAACGCCGGCCAAUGUUCAAUGUUACGUAUACGUAAUGUUCCUUAAUAUUCGAAAAAAAAAAAACGUUUUGGCGAGUUAAAAUCCUUGUAUUUAUUGACCGGCAACGUUUAUGUAUUUAUUUGGUUUUUUUUUUUCGACUUCUUAUCGCGUCAUAGAUUCGACAUAAUAUUAUAGGAUGGACCAAAAGUGCGUUCCUAAUAAUUUUCAGCGUAAAGUAAUAAUGACCGUUCGCGCUCGUGAAAGUGUUUUGGUAACAAUGUGUGGUGCGCGUGCGUAUGAGUUAAGGGACAGUACGGCGGAGAAAUCGCAAGACCGCGUUCGAUUUUGAUUUGGUAGCGCGCAACCGCUCGGAAAGAAUUCGACUUCGCGAAAACCAUUCGGCUCGGAUUCGGUUAAGAGGACGUGAGAAUACCUAUGCGGCAUCCGCAUGCCCGUCUUACAAACGUAAAACAGCGAAUUUGCGUUAGUUUGAAUAUCACAAUAUCAUAUUGAAUUGUAAGACAAUCGAAAAAAAAAAACCGAAAAAAGAAACGAUAUUAUCAUAUCAUAUUAUGAACAUUAUAUGCGCGACCGUGGAGGUUGUUUCGUUAUUUUAAUUUUCAAACGAGAAUACGCAAGUACUCGUUACAGUUUAAAUAUGAUUAUAUCUCGGUUAAAAAUUAAAACAUCGAAAAACGUCCGAAUGGUUGCGCAGAUUACGUUCAAGUUCGGUAACUGUAUAACAUUAAAAUUGACGGCACAAACCACAAAACCACAUUCCUGCUGAAUGCGAAUUCGCUGUGCCGUGCGUUUGGAAGAUAGAGACGCGUCACGUUUACUAAAAACGAUCUAUAUGAACGAAUCACGAUGUAAACCUGCAGCCGGCGGGUUUGGUGGAUUAUGCAAUUUUUUGAAGGCGUCAGAGUAUAGGCAACACAAUUCACUGAAAUCCAGCGGGUGGCCGGCAACAAUAAAUUACUGUAUUUUAUACCAAUCUAUCAUUGUUGUUAGUUUAUUAAAACGAUAUAUUUUUAUUUAUAUCGACAUUGCGGUUAGAAAAAAAAACAACGCUUCGCACGUCAGAUACAGUCACUGUUAUUGGUGUAAAGUUGGGAAGGUAGGAAUUUAAUGUACACCUGUAAGCAACGAUAAACUGUUGUUGACAAAAAAAUUAUUUAAAGUGUUUAAUUUAAAUUUACUUUGAUAAUAUUUGUUUAAUGUUGUACCUGUUUUCCCGUUCUCCUGUUUUUCAUCCGUUUUUUUCUAGUUUUUUCGAUACAUUAAGAAAAUUCCUGAGAAAAUAAAAAAAUGACCUCCUUAAAGUAUCGCUCAAGUCAGAUAUCCUUUCAGAAAAAGUGUUACACUUGUAGAUCAGAGUAAAAUUUCUAGUGAAAAAGUUAUUCACAAAAAAAAAAAAAAAAAAACAUCAUUGUAAAACCAUAAGCUUCUUCGCUCCACUCAGAAUCUGAAACAGUUUUUCAAUUACAUUUUAAUAUCGACAAAUAUAACUCACUACAAAUUGUUCAUAAGUUUACGCAUUAUUUUUUUUAUUUUUAUAACCAUUAUUGAAUUUCUAAAUAUUCUUGAAUUUCGGGUAUAUAGGCAGUUGAUUAAAUUUGUAGGUAUUUGACAAGUUUUAGACACUAAACGCAGAGGAGUUAAUUGCAACAUUUCACCGCAGUAUCAAAUUAUUAUUGUAUUUUAAGACUGGAAAUGGACUAUAUCUGAACUAAUCAAGUGUGGUCGUCCAUUGGAGAAUGUGAGGGGCAACACGGAGACCCCGAAUUUUUUUUUUUUUAUUUCUAAAUUCAUGAAUCCCCAAUAGAUACUACCUACCUGCUAUGAUAAUUCCGUAUUCCUCCCUAGAUAUUUUUCUGAGAUAAACUCGAAUAAGCACCUACUAGUGUCGAUAUUGUAUACUCAUUGAAGGCGUAUUAAAAUUUAUAACAAUAAUAUUUUGCGUUUUUUUUUUUUCCGUCUGUGUACAGGAGUUCAUUUACCACGGUGCCGGAUUCAUAUUAUUGUUGGUGGCGUCCGUGUUCCUGUUGCUCGACGCCAACGAACACAGCAGUCGCAAUCCUCGCAAUCAUUUUGUCGUCGCCUCGGUAAGUAUUCCGAUUCGGAUUUUGAAAACGAAUAACGUAGGCGUUUAAUUUUGUUUUUCGCAAUAAACUCGUGUACGAUUGUUACCCGUAUAGGUUCUCGGACUGAUCAUGGCUGCGUUUUACUUGUUGAGUUCGAUCUGGGGCUACCGGUCGUACAGAGGACCAUGAGCGACGACCCGUUGAAAACAAUUAUAAUAUUAUAACAUUUGCAGUACAAGUUGCGCAAAAGACGUGCGACAAACCCCGCGGACGGACACGAACGCGGACGGCGCACAUACGUCAUCAUCAAUACCUAUCUAUAGUCGUGCAACAGCUAUGCCUGCACCCAAUCAAUUUUUGUACAAAUUAUUCUCCGUCCGCUUCGCCUCAUAGGUCAUGUACCUAUGCAGUAACACCGCUUAUUCUCGCCCGAUCCAUCACCCGCCAUACAAUACUUCGUCCGCUCCACACGUCCUCCGAUUGUUUUCCCUCGCAUUAACUUCUGGGCACAGUUUUUCUCACAUAGCUUACCUCUUAUCUUUAAUCCGCGAAACGUUACAAACCGUUCGUAGCCGUCCGUACUUCCCAAUCCCCCCACGACUUUGUUAAUAAUAUUGUAUCAAGAUUAACUACCUGCCCUCCCCCCUCCCCUCCUCCCACACCCCCGUAUGCUUGUCAAUUCUUAUUUUUAUUAUAUAAUGUUACGCACCAAAAAGUGUUUUUUGACGCGGUCGGAGGUAACGGCGCGCUACAAAAAAUUACCGACCGAUCGUCGUCGUAUAUUAUUCAAAUAUUUUGAGCGUUUUUAUGUUUAAUUUAAAUCGUUAUAAUAUGUAUACAUUUAAGCCAUCGUCGUUUUUGCGCGUUCCAAAUAUGAACAUGUUUUUAUUUCGUUGUAUAUUUUUUUCGAAUGCCUUGAACAAAAUAUAUUUAAUAAGUGCCUUAUACUAUUAUUAUAUUCAAAUGAAAAACAAAAACAUACGUACGCUUGCGUUCAUCGACAUAAAUGUUAUAAUAUUGUACUAAUAUUGAAAUAUAUUACUGUUAUAUUUAUAUUUUUAUUAAUUUUAACACCGCUGUUAUAAAAAUAAAAUUUAGAUUAGAUUUUUAUAAUAAGUUAUACUGUAAUAAUGUCUAAAAUAUAAUUAUUAACUCGAUCAAAAAAAAUUAUUACCUAGUUUGUUAUUAAAACGUUCGUGGAGUAGCUAAAGCACGGAGAUUUCAAAUUUGAAAAAAAGAAUAUCUAAC